AUGGGAAACACGCUCGGGGCAUGGUCCGCGCAAGGCCAUCCCAUGCUUGGGGGAUCCAGCUCCUGCCAACUCGUGCCAACUUUGCGGUCGCGUCUGGUCACAUCUGCCCCCUCUGCCAGCCUGCCCAGCUGCCCAGCUGCCCGCCUCCAUACACAUACACCACAGCUGACACAGCUACACAGCUGCACAGGCCGCGCCGCUCUGGGGCAACCCUGGGUUACCUGCAAUCCAUGUAUCGAGUACGCUGGCACCAGCGCGCCAGCCCGUCCUUGGUCCCUCUCUCCAGCCAAUGACAUCAUGCGGAAGCGAGACCUGGGGCGGAAGGGCUGUGCAGAUCUCGAGGCUUCCCAUCUAGGCAUCCUGGGAUGCCCAGGACGCCCUGGACGCCUGGCACACGCCUGGACAGUCAAGCCGUCUUCUGCCCGUCAUUGUCUCGCCAUUCAGCCCAGGCUGCCUGUCAGCUGUCACGGCACACCUGAGGAGGCCUCGUGCCUUAUUGUUGACUGUCUUGCCUUUGAUGCCCUCCUGAUCUGCGCUGCAUCUGACGACAUUCGUCCAGAUAUUCCUCCACGGACGGGCUACCGCGAGCUGUGGCCAACCUGUGGCCAACAGGCACCGAUGUAG